GAACGUCUACUCAAAGACCGGUUACGCUCUUCACGCACGCAAGCUGUUCGACGAAAUGCCUCUGAGAACAGCUUUUUCAUGGAACACGGUUCUUUCUGCCUAUGCUAAACGAGGAGAUAUGGAUUCGACAUGUGAGUUCUUUGAUCGGUUGCCUCAAAAGGAUUCGGUUUCGUGGACCACGAUGGUUGUUGGGUAUAAGAACAUUGGUCAGUAUCAUAAGGCUUUAAGAACUAUGGGGGAAAUGAUGAAGGAAGGGAUUGAGCCGACCCAGUUUACGCUUACGAAUGUGCUUGCAUCGGUUGCUGCAACUCGGUGUUUGGAGACAGGUAAAAAGGUUCAUUCUUUCAUCGUUAAGCUUGGCCUUCGUUGUAACGUUUCCGUCUCGAAUUCGCUGCUUAAUAUGUAUGCAAAAUGUGGUGAUCCAAUGAUGGCAAAAGUAGUUUUUGAUAGAAUGGUGGUUAGAGACAUCUCAAGCUGGAAUGCUAUGAUUGCGUUACAUAUGCAGGUUGGUCAGAUGGAUCUUGCUAUGGAGCGAUUCGAGCAAAUGGCUGAGCGCGAUAUAGUCACUUGGAAUUCUAUGAUUGCUGGUUACAAUCAGAGAGGGUAUGAUCUCAGAGCUCUAGAUAUGUUUUCCAAGAUGCUGAAGGAUUCUAUGUUGUCACCUGAUAGAUUCACUCUGGCGAGUGUGUUGUCUGCUUGUGCCAAUCUUGAGAAACUUUGUAUUGGGAAGCAGAUUUAUUCUCAUAUUGUUACAACUGGAUUUGAUAUCUCUGGAAUUGUGUUAAACGCCUUGAUCUCGAUGUAUUCGAAGUGUGGAGGGGUUGAGACUGCCAGGAGACUGAUAGAACAGAGAGGAACUGCUGAUCUCAAGAUCGAAGGUUUUACAGCUUUACUUGAUGGGUAUAUUAAGCUUGGAGAUAUGAAUCAAGCUAAGUUGAUAUUUGAUUCGUUGAAAGAUCGUGAUGUAGUUGUAUGGACCGCCAUGAUUGUUGGAUACGAGCAACAUGGUUUGUAUGGUGAAGCUAUAAACCUUUUCAGAUCAAUGGUUGGANUCAAAGAUGGGUUUUGUUCAUGCCGAGAUUAUUGGUGA